AGUAUUGCGAAAUUGAUGGAACUUUAUUAAUGUUUUGUAAAUGGUGUAAAGAGGCAAAAUAUGAUAAUACAUUUACCCGGGGAACUAGCAUCUUUAAGAAAGAUAUUGUUAAACGUCAUGAAGAAAAAGAUCAAAAACACCAAAAAGCAAAAGAACAACUUGGACCUAUGAUAACAGAUCGGCUAUUUGAAAGUGAUCUUAAAAUUAUUCACCAAAUGAAAUGUGUUUAUUUUGUAGCAAAAAAACAUCUUUCAUUUAAUAUCUAUCCCGAUCUAUGUAGUUUAAUUAUGAAAUGUAAUAGUAUUUCUUUAACACCUCAGCCGCUUAAGUUCCCUUCACAACAAUUAAACGAAUCCAACAAUUAUAGCAAUUAUUUAAAUUCUACUGCAGCUCGAAAGUUUGCUGAAGCAAUUGUACAU